AUGCCAGGCACCAUCUUCGCUAAGCACUGGAAUGGGACCAUGCCGUAUGGUCCGGCGGUUUUCUCCUCGGUCGAGGAAGGGCAUUCUCCUCUUUGGCACCCUGCGCUGCACACCACCGGCCAUGUUCGCGAGUCACGAGUGAAGUCUCAACGGAACCAACGUGAUCAAAGAGCGUUGAAGCCGUUGGAGGGGUUUUCGAAAUGGCCCGUCAAUCUCACCCUGCAGGGCCUUUGCUACGGUAUCAAUGGCUGCAACUGGCCGCGUGGUGGGCUGCCGGCAGUUCGCCAAGGUGGUCUAGCUCGGCUCUCUAAGGUGCCUAGGUGGCACGGGAGGCGCUGCAAAACCUCGUCAUCUGGCUUCCGGUGCGAGACGACGGCGUGGCCGGGUUAG